GGCCAGCGCACCACCUCUGCCAGUGGUGUAGCCCAGCCGAGUGAAUUCAACCAGUGUUCAACCUGCUCUAAACGACACUAUGCACUUAACCAGAGCCAUACAUGUGUGCAAACUUGUGGGCUUGAUCUAAACACCGCUGAACACAGUUUAAUUUAACUUUCCUUAUGGGAUUCUGUUGGGCGAGUAUGAAGAGCGCGUUCAGAAGCUGGAAGUGGCAGUCGGCAGUGCCCCGAAAGCCGUUAUAGGAUUUUUCAUUCAGAAGGAUGCUGGUGGGAAAUGCCUGGAGACAGAGAGGAUGAGAUUUGUGGAAAGGCACUGGAGCUACUGUCCGAACUCUGCUCGAAAGGAGAGGUGCAGAAUGAGAACUGUUUGGAUUUCACCUACUAUUUUCGCGAUCGUGGGAGACCGAGAUAUUCGGACUCGGAUGUGUCUGUGAGCCUUUUGUCCCUUUUGGUGACCACAUGUGGCCUGGCACUGUUUGCUGUCUCCCUCUUUGUGUCAUGGAAGCUGUUUUGGGUUCCAUGGCGCGAUCGCUUCUUGCCCAGCCUAAAGGACCACCAGGGCGAGCAGCAGCCAGUCCUGAACGAGGUGGAGGGCCUGGAACGGGAAUACAGUGAAGACUUUGGGAAAGAUCCCUCUGCCUCAACAGUGCUCCCAGAGUCAGCCAUGAAGAUCAGCCAUACAUCCCCAGACAUCCAGCUGGAGGCCCAGACUAAAGCCAAGGAGCUUAACCACAUCCACAUAGCUCGCGUACAGCGACAAGUCACCGAGCCAACCUCAUCUGUCAGGCAUAAUUCCAUCCGGAGACAGAUGAAUGUCUCCAACCCUGAUUUCAACAUGGCUCAAUUCCAGAGACAAGAGUCCAUAACUGGUCCAGGCCUGGGCCGCAUCAAGCCUGAGCUGUACAAGCAACGCUCUGUGGACACAGAUGAUGGUAGGCGAGCAGACAGCUGUGGCCGCUUGCACUUCAUCCUCAAAUAUGACUGUGACUUAGAGCAACUCAUUGUGAAGAUCCAUAAGGCCCAAGAUCUACCUGCCAAGGACUUUACUGGAACAUCGGACCCCUACGUGAAGAUCUACCUACUGCCAGACCGCAAAACCAAGCAUCAGACUAAGGUGCACCGCAAGACUCUAAACCCCAUCUUUGACGAGGUGUUCCUUUUUCCCGUGGCCUACGGCGAGCUACCAACUCGCAAGCUGCAUUUCAGUGUGUAUGACUUUGACCGCUUCUCACGUCAUGAUGUGAUUGGCCAAGUGGUGGUGGACAACUUCUUGGAUCUACCUGACUUUCCACAGGAAACCAGGCUCUGCAGGGAUAUCCUUUAUGUUAGCGCGGAUAAUGUGGAUCUGGGAGAUCUGAUGUUUUCUCUUUGUUAUUUGCCAACUGCCGGGCGACUGACCAUAACAAUAAUUAAAGCCAGAAACCUUAAAGCCAUGGACAUCACAGGAGCGUCUGAUCCUUACGUAAAGGUCUCUCUAAUGUGUGAAGGACGGAGACUGAAGAAAAGGAAAACAUCAACUAAACGGAACACGCUUAAUCCAGUCUACAAUGAAGCCAUCGUUUUCGAUGUUCCGCCUGAGAACAUUGACCAAAUAAGCCUUUUAAUAGCAGUUAUGGACUAUGACCGUGUAGGUCACAAUGAGGUUAUUGGUGUUUGCCAUGUGGGGAACAGAGCUCAGAGUUUGGGACGUGACCACUGGAAUGAGAUGCUCACAUACCCACGCAAACCCAUCGCCCACUGGCACCCAAUUGUAGAGUGGGUUGCCCAAAGCACGACUGGUGGUAGCCAAGGCUCCUGUAACUCCCUGAGGACACCUCCUUCCCCAUAAUGGAUGCUGUGGAGGUUCAGCCAUGUAGAAACCUGAAAGGGUCCAAGUUACAACAUUAAUGAAAAGGAGAGAGAGUGAGACAAAUAUCUCGGUUCCGUUAAAGGUCACUUUAAAUGUGUGCACACACUCAAUGCAGUAAACACCCAGGACUCUUUAGACAUAAGAAUUUCCUGGAUAGAACAAGAGUGUCAAGUCCACUGCAUGUAAAGUGACCAUGUGAGCAGUAUUUGGUUUUUAAAUGAGCCUUGAACAUUGUUCUGCUUUUGUUAUCAAAUUUAGUUGAGAGGUAAGUAUUUUUGACAUAGUCAUGUUUUAUGUAUCAGUAUAACACAUUGUAAUAACACACUAAUAUUGUUUGAAGUGUAGUGCAUGGGGUCUAUUUUGUGGA